GAGCCCUGUGAAGCCGGCAAUGACAAGUCUGAAUGGUCGCCAUGCCGAGAAAGCCGUUGACAUGCCCAGACCGUCAGCCCCCAGAGUGCACGUGCAGAGGUCUGUGUCCCGAGACACGAUCGCCAUUCACUUCUCAGCAUCCGGGGAGGAGGAGGAGGAGGAGGAGGAGGAGUUGAGAGAGCACCUCGAGGAGGGGCUGGGUGACCAAAGCAUUGUAACAGGGCUCGAGGCCAAGGAAGACCUUUACCUUGAACCCCAGGGUGAUCAUGGCCCCACCAGCCCUGUCGCCCAGCCCGUCCUGGCAGGCGGGCUGUUGGCGUCCCCUGCCAUUUUGCCCGUCUCCGAGAACACCGUAAAGCUGCCGGAGGCUCAAGUAUUGAGUGCAGUGCCAUUGACUCUGUCCCCAGGGUCGUCGUCCACGGGGCCCAUCGCUUGCUCUCCCAGCGUGUCAUCUCUUUCUGAGCACAAAAUCAGUUCUUCCUCUCCGCUGUCCUCCCCGUCCAAGUCUCCUGUCCUCUCAUCCAGUGCCUCAUCCUCCACCCUUUCCAGUGCAAAACCCUUCAUGAGCCUCGUGAAGUCCCUGUCAACCGAGGUAGAGCCAAAAGAACCCCCACACCCCCCGAGGCACAGGCACUUGAUGAAGACGCUGGUCAAGUCUCUGUCCACAGACACCUCCAGGCAGGAGACAGAUGCUGUGUCCUACAGGCCACCAGACUCCAAGCUGAAUUUACACCUGUUCAAGCAGUUCACACAGCCACGAAACACAGGUGGAGAUUCUAAAACUGCACCGUCUUCCCCGCUGACUUCUCCCUCUGACACACGCUCCUUUUUUAAAGUGCCCGAAAUGGAGGCUAAAAUCGAAGACACUAAACGACGCCUUUCAGAAGUCAUCUAUGAGCCUUUUCAGCUCCUCAGUAAAAUUAUAGGGGAAGAAAGUGGCAGCCAUAGGCCCAAAGCCUUAUCUUCAAGUGCUUCAGAACUCUCCAACCUGUCCAGCCUGAACGGUCACCUGGAAAGCAAUAACAACUACAGCAUCAAGGAAGAGGAGUGCGAUUCCGAGGGGGAUGACGCCGAGGGCGACCCCAGUAUCCCCAGAGGAGACCCUCCAAAGUCCGCGGAUGAGCCCGCCAGAGAGGCAGAAGCGAGGAGCUCCCAGGGAGCCAGUCUAAAGGACUUAGGCCCGAAGACCAGUUCCCUCGUUCUGGAGAAAUGUUCUCUGUCUGCCCUGGUGAGCAAGGAGGAUGAAGAGUUUUGCGAACUAUACUCUGAGGACUUUGAUUUGGAGACGGAAGGGGAGAGUAAAACUGAUAAACUCCCGGAUGUCCCACUCAAGCCCGAGGUGCUACGGGCAGACGUGGGCGCAACUCUGGACAGCGACGAUGAGGUGGACGCCGGCACGCAGCACUCGGAGCUGCCCGUGAAGACGCUGGGCUUCUUUAUCCUGUGCGUCUACGCGUACCUUAUCCUCCCGCUGCCGCACUAUGCGAGUGGCCUCUUCCUGGGAAUUGGCCUCGGGUUCAUGACUGCGGUUUGCAUGAUUUGGUUUUUUACACCACCAAGUGCUCAUAAAUAUCACAGAUUGCAUAAAACUUUCCAACACUGGAACUCAAGAUCUCUGGAUAUCAAAGAACCCGAAAUACUAAAGGGAUGGAUGAAUGAGAUUUACAAUUACGAUCCAGAAACUUAUCAUGCCACCUUGACACAUUCAGUCUUUGUUCGGCUUGAGGGUGGAACCUUAAGACUUUCAAAGCCCAAUAAAAACAUAUCCAGGAGGGCAAGCUACAAUGAAACAAAGCCAGAAGUCACCUACAUCAGCCAGAAAAUCUACGACCUCUCAGACAGCAAGAUUUAUCUGGUACCUAAAAGUUUGGCUCGAAAACGAAUCUGGAAUAAAAAAUACCCAAUUUGUAUUGAACUUGGUCGACAAGAUGACUUUAUGUCUAAGGCCCAGACUGAUAAGGAGCCUUGUGAAGAAAAGCUACCAGCUGAGAGAGAGCUGGGAGGGGAGGAACCGAAGAAGCCAUCGCACCCUCAGGAGGGAGCAAGGUCUGGCCCCCGAGAUCAGAUACUGUAUCUCUUUGGAAGAACUGGCCGGGAAAAAGAAGAGUGGUUUAGGAGAUUUAUUCUGGCAUCUAAGCUGAAGUCGGAAAUCAAGAAGCCACCUGGCGUCUCUGGAAGUAAACCAGGGGUCUUGCCCUCCCACAGCAGACACAGCAGCCCCUCGGGGCACCUGACGCACAGCCGCAGUAGCAGCAAAGGCAGCGUGGAGGAGAUGAUGUCCCAGCCCAAGCAGAGGGAGCUGGUGGGCAGUGUGCGGCAGAAGAUGCUUCUGGACUAUAGCGUGUACAUGGCCAGGUGUGUCCCCCAGGAGAGCCAGAGCCCUCAGAGGAGCCCCAUGCAGAGUGUGGAAAGCAGCCCCACAGCUGGGAAAAAGUUGCCAGAGGCCCCACCCUCUGAGGAGGAAGAGCAGGAAGCCUGGGUGAAUGCCUUGCUUGGAAGGAUGUUUUGGGACUUCUUAGGAGAGAAGUACUGGUCUGAUCUGGUGUCUAAGAAAAUCCAGAUGAAGCUCAGCAAAAUAAAGCUCCCCUACUUUAUGAAUGAGCUAACUCUGACGGAGCUUGACAUGGGGGUAGCCGUGCCAAAAAUCCUUCAGGCCUUCAAGCCUUAUGUUGAUCACCAAGGACUGUGGAUCGAUUUGGAAAUGUCCUACAAUGGGUCCUUUCUGAUGACUCUCGAGACCAAAAUGAAUUUGACCAAACUAGGUAAAGAGCCUCUUGUUGAAGCCCUGAAGGUUGGAGAAAUUGGCAAAGAAGGUUGCAGGCCCAGGGCGUAUUGUCUGGCAGACAGUGAUGAGGAGUCCUCCAGUGCUGGCUCCUCCGAGGAAGACGAUGCACCAGAGCCCAGUGCCGGAGACAAGCCCCUUCUCCCAGGGGCUGAAGGGUAUGUUGGAGGUCACCGAACAAGUAAGAUUAUGAGGUUUGUUGAUAAAAUUACCAAAUCGAAGUAUUUCCAAAAAGCAACGGAGACAGAAUUCAUUAAAAAGAAGAUUGAAGAAGUCUCCAACACCCCGCUGCUGCUCACCGUUGAAGUACAGGAAUGUAGGGGAACCCUGGCUGUCAACAUCCCACCUCCCCCAACUGACCGGAUAUGGUACGGUUUCCGGAAGCCACCAUACAUAGAGCUGAAAGCUCGGCCAAAACUCGGAGAGAGAGAAGUGACUUUAGUUCACGUGACUGACUGGAUAGAGAAGAAACUGGAGCAGGAGUUUCAGAAGGUGUUUGUCAUGCCAAACAUGGAUGAUGUUUAUAUCCCUAUAAUGCACUCAGCCAUGGACCCUCGCUCUACUCUCUGCCUCCUGAAAGACCUGCCCGUAGAGGCUGCCGACCAGCUGUGAUGAGGAGAACUGGCGCUCGCAGAGCAGUAUUACCAGACGGGGCUCCCGGUGUGGGGGCUCUUGGCCGCCGUCUCUGCGGUAGCACCAGCCUCUCCUUGUGCCACAGCUUCUGCCCUCUGCCUGCUGGUGCCCACCCCACUGUGGUGUCUCUCCACGCGCUCAGUGACUGCUACCUGGAUUGCUCAGCCAAGGAGACCGGAAGGACCAUCACAGCGGACCCAGAAAUUUCAGGUGGUUCACAACCCCGCUCUCUGCUCGACAGAAAGAGCACAUGGAGUAAGCUGUCCUUCUGGAAGGCUGCCCUUGCCUGACGCCAGCUUUUCCUCAGGCAGCCAGAGCAGGACUGGCCAGUCACUCCUGUGGUUUGUGUGAUGGCAGCCUCCCCUGUCCAGAGACGGGCAUUGUGGUGGGGGUGGCAUUCUGUGUAGACCCAGCAACUCUCUCGUCAUUGGAAUUGGGCAUUUUGGAAACAAGUAGCCAUAGAACACACAAACCAACACAGCUUGGGUGGGGACCACAGGGGUCACGUGAACACUAGGCAAAGCCAUGAGAUCAAACCAUCCCAAGCCUUUACCAAUGAGUACAAUCACCUGGUUUGUAAUCCUGUUUUCCUGAGACAUGAGCUUUUGUGGAAAUGUCAAACUCACACGUAAUGACCAGUGGUGGGCCAGGAAGCCAGAGCAAGUCUUCCCACUGGGGCCUCCUGCAACUCGGGAAGCUCUGUGGGGAAUCUUAAUGCUACAUUAAUGGAAUUGUUUCAGGGUAGUUUUGAGGGCAGUUUCCCUUUCUGGUGGCCAAAACGGAGGAACUGCUCUUUUAACUAUCAAGGUGAGAAUCAAGACCAAAUGUUUGCUUGACAUCAAACACUACAAAUCUCAAAAUUAACAUGCGACUUUUCUUUAAUGUUGCCAACUUCAUUUUGUGCGUUUGUGUCAUGAUAUAGUUUACAACUUUGGGGGCUCUAAUUGUAUAACUUGCUUUGAGAAGUUAAAAAAAAAAACUUUUGUUUAAAAUUGCUUUCAACAUCAAAAUUACCUUUGGGUGUCUUUUGAUAACUUACAUUUGUGGACAAAGCUAAUCGUGGUUUUUUAAACAGCACCUUGCCUGAACAUGACUUUCAAGAAACGAGUCUGAGUCUUAUCAAAAAAAAAAAAAAAUUUCAACCCUUAAUUUGAGUCCAGUGGCACCAUUAAAACAUGAAAUCAUUUGACCAUUCCAGUGUACUGUUCUGAUUUCUCAUUGUGUAGGCCAAUUUGCCGUCAGUCCGCAUGUCUAGUUCACUGGUCUUUAUUUCUGUGCAAUAACUAAAGGUAAAGGACUAGAUGCACUACUGUGUAGAUUCCACGACUGUACUCUAUUGCACUUAAUCAAAUAGUAUGUGGGGAUUUACGAUCGCUUGCAUCGUUUCACAAAUAAAUAUCUCAUGUCAAAAAACAA